AUGGCAACCGUACAACCACAGCCGCAACAGCUGUUCAAAGACGCGCCGGACAAAACGGCGGAGGCACUCUCAACGUUUGUUGAUAUCACCGAAUGCAUCUACCACGGAAAGCUGCUAGGCCGAUCCGGGCAGAAAGAAACAAUGACAUGUGACUGUGUGGAGCAUUGGGACAACGCCUUGGCGCGCAACUUGGCCUGUGACGAGGACAGUAACUGUAUCAACCGCUUGACCUCCGUCGAAUGUAUAAACCGGGCCUGUCUCUGUGGAGACGACUGUAGCAAUCAGCGGUUCCAGAAAAAGCAGUAUAGUAGUGUAAAGGUUGUGCAGACCGAGAAGAAGGGCUACGGGCUCGUGGCUGAGAAGGAUAUCGCCGCCAAUCAGUUCAUCUACGAGUAUAUAGGAGAGGUCAUUGACGAGCACACGUUUCGCGAGCGUAUGGUCGACUACGACACACGGAAGCUUCGCCAUUUCUAUUUCAUGAUGCUCGCCAAGGAUGCGUUCAUCGACGCGACAGAGAAGGGUUGUUUGGCCAGGUUCUGCAACCAUUCGUGCUCGCCCAACGCUUUCGUAGACAAAUGGGUGGUUGGCGAUCGCUUGCGCAUGGGUAUCUUUGCCAAAAAAGCUAUAGCUUUAGGAGAGGAGAUUACAUUCGACUAUAAUGUCGACCGCUAUGGUGCUCAACUGCAACCUUGUUACUGUGGCCUGUCUAACUGUCUCGGGUGGAUGGGAGGCAAAACACAAACUGAUGCAGCUCUUCUACUCCCAGAUGGACUUUCAGAGGCGUUGGGAGUCACACCAGCACAGGAACGGGCGUGGUUGAAGCAAAAUAAACAGUCAAAGUCAACCCCAACCCCAACGACUGAGAGCGCGGUAAACGAGACCUUUGUCCGCUCUCUAAAUGUCGGACCAUUGACUGAAACUGAUGUUACCAAGGCCAUGAGUGCCUUGAUGAAGUCCGAGGAGCCGGUCAUCAUAGAGAAACUUGUAGAAAGAGUCUUUUUGACAACCGAGCCUCUGGUGAAUUCCUCCAUUGUCAAACUCCACGGAUACAAAACAUUGUCUCGCGUCUUGAAAGAGAAUAACGCCAACGAGGACGUUGUGUUGAAAAUCCUCCUGACUUUGAAACGCUGGCCGUCGGUUACAAAAAACAAGAUCGAGCUGUCUCAAAUCGAAGACAUAGUCAAGGACAUUGUCAAAGAUCUGAAGAACACUGAAAUCAAGGAUUUGGCUCAAAGCUUGCUUAACGAAUGGAGCAAACUUGAAAUGGCAUACCGCAUCCCAAAAAACAACGAUAACAAUGGGGCCGAGGAAGGAAACCGUGGCUCGAUUUCUCCUCUCUAUGGUAGAAACGCCAGAUCAGAAUCUCCACUAAAAACUGGCUCUACUGAUAAAUCUUUCAUGAAUGGUGAUGAUGACGAAGAUCUUCCUGAAGGAUGGCAGAAGGCUUUGGAUGCGGCCACAAACACACAUUAUUACUACCACGUAGGUCUUGGAAUUUCAAAGUGGGAAAAGCCAACUGGAAUCGUACCCACGGGCCCCAAAGUCAAAGCAAAGAAGGAGAAGACUCCACGCUCACGCGAAAGAGUAAAGGCCAGUCCAGGAUUUUCAGCAGCCAAGGAACAAGAGGAUUUAUUCAGACAACAAAAACAAGAGCAAUUCAACGAGGUUCUUGAAAAGGAAAAGGUGCUUCAGCAACUCAUUCAACAGUCUCAACAAGAAGCGGCAGAGAAGAAAAAACUCGAAGAAGAAGCUCGACAAGAAAAGAUCAAAAAAAUCAAGGAGAAACGUCGCAAGCAAGAGGAAGCAGCAUCACAAGCACGGGACCGUGCCAAAAAGUCUCCUGAAGAAUUAUGGAGGUCAACAUUAGCACGGUAUGUCCCUAACCUUGUCAAGAAGCACGAAAGUGAGAUUGGACACGACAAUGUAAAAGGCUGUGCAAGAGAAUUGGUUAGAGUGCUUUCAGCCAAAGAAUUGAAGAAAGACCCUCUGAACAAACCUCCUGCUAGUCUUGAUGGCGCCAAAAUCAAGAAACUAAAAGAAUUCUGCGACGCUUGGAUGGAAAAGUUUUUGGUGAAGUACAGAACUAAACGUCUGCGCCCAUCUCUGGCCGGAAACGGAGCCUCUUCCACGAAGACUAACAGUGAACCCGUUCGACAGGAUUCUACCUGUAUCCCAGAUUCUUGA